GUUAGUGCAAAAGGUAGAAGAGUUUAAACGAUGGCUCGAUUAAGUCUCACCGUAACGAUUAUCGCCAUUGCACUGGUAUGCGUAUUCGCGGCUGAGAAAGAGUUAUAUUCGGAUCGGUACGACGAUAUCAAUAUCGAAGACAUUUUGGCAAACGAAAAAUUGCGAACGCAAUAUUACAACUGCUUGGCGGGCAUCGCACGAUGCAAAACAGCAGAUGCGAAAUUCUUUUCUGAUGUCAUAGGUGAAGCUUUGCAAACUCAAUGUAGGAAGUGCACCGAAAAACAAAAGAAUCUUUUAGACACCUUAGUUGAUUGGUAUACAAAGAAUAAGCCCGAAGAUUGGGAAACAUUCAUUAGGAGAACGAUAGAGAGAGCCCAAAAGAAAAAUGCUUAAAAAGCGAAGACUUUGACUUGCUGAUAACAAAAUCGACAAAAGCUCCAAUGAAAAUGAUGGCUCAUGAAAUGAUAAUUUAUCUGAUGUAAUAAUGAAAUUAUUACAUCUGAAAACUAAUUCAGUGUACAGAGAAGAAACUAAUAUAUAUGUAGAUAAU